UGCCUGAAUAAACAGGUGUGGUUAACUACCUACCGUCCAAUCAAUAUUCUCAAUUAAUUUCCUCCGGCCGUCGCCUCCUCCCAUCCUCGCCAUCACCCACAAAUACAAUCCUCCUUUCACAUCAAUGAUCAAUCCCACCCACUCCUCCCUUCAACUCAAGUUUAUUCUCUAAAUCAGUAGCCUGUAGACCCCACUUUCUAUCUCUCUAUAUAUCUUAUCCCUUUUCUCCGUCAAACCCGCCUUUCUGUCUUUUAAUUUUCUCUCAUUUGCCAAACUUUCCCCUUUUUUUCGAAGACAUUAAUCGAAUCGGAAACUAGACAAGAAAUUCUCACAAAUCUGAUUUUGAUCCUGUGCUACUGUUUACUCCCUACUUGAAAUGCUACAAGAAUUUGGCUGAAUUGAAGAAAGAAAUAGUUAGAAGAGUGUAGAGAUGGUGGUGAGGAAAGUUGGCAAGUAUGAGGUUGGGAGGACGAUCGGUGAAGGAACCUUCGCGAAGGUCAAGUUUGCUCAGAAUACAGAGACCGGUGAAAGUGUUGCUAUGAAACUCCUCGAUCGAGCUACCAUAAUCAAGCACAAGAUGGUCGACCAGAUCAAGAGAGAGAUAUCAAUCAUGAAGCUGGUUAGACAUCCCAAUGUUGUUCGGCUGCAUGAGGUGCUAGCAAGCCGCACAAAAAUAUACAUAAUUUUGGAAUUUAUCACAGGGGGUGAGCUUUUUGAUAAAAUUGUCCACCAUGGACGCCUCAGUGAAGCAGAAUCUAGAAGAUUCUUUCAGCAGCUGAUUGAUGGUGUAGAGUAUUGCCAUAGUAAAGGAGUAUAUCACAGAGAUCUGAAGCCUGAAAAUCUUUUGUUAGAUUCCCAAGGAAAUUUAAAGAUUUCAGAUUUUGGACUCAGUGCAUUGCCUGCAGAGUAUCCUUCGAACAACCUGUGGAACUCCCAACUAUGUUGCACCAGAGGUACUGAGUCACAAAGGUUACAAUGGUGCUUUGGCUGA